AUGGAAAUUCAGAUGGAUAAAGCUAAACGUAUCCACGAAUUGGGGCUCCAAGAACUGCUGAACACUGGAUUAUCAGUACAUGAUGCGAAAUCGCUUCAAAUCGAGCUCAAAGAAGCCAUUGAUCGCACCACUAGCUCCAGCCCAGUUGAGUUAUGGCGCGACAUUACAUCUCGAAGGUUGCUCAAACCAUCUUUCCCUCAUUCUCUGCAUCGUCUCAUCUACAACGCCGUUUAUGCUGAUUACGAUGCCUCCAUCCAUGGCCCUCCUCUGUAUUGGUUCCCUUCCGAACACCUUCCAAGCCCAGAUUAUUGCCCUCCAGUCUAUCAGUCAAUAGACACAAUGACAAAUAUACUCUUCUCUUCAGGAACAACAGGAGAUCCAAAAGCUAUACCAUGGACUCAAAUUGCUCCAAUUCGAUGUGCUGGUGAUUCGUGGGCCCACAUGAACAUUCAGCCUGGAGAUGUCUUUUGUUGGCCCACAAAUUUGGGAUGGGUGAUGGGGCCCAUUUUACUCUAUUCGUCUUUCCUAUGUGGCGCUACACUCGCUCUUUAUCAUGGCUCCCCACUUGGCCAUGGUUUUGGAAAAUUUAUUCAGGAUGCAGGAGUGACAACUUUGGGUACAGUUCCAAGCAUAGUGAAGACAUGGAAAAGUACAAGAUGUAUGGAAGGUUUAGAUUGGACAAAGAUCAAGUUAUUCGCAUCUACAGGUGAAGCCUCGAAUGUUGAUGAUGAUCUUUGGCUUUCUUCAAGGGCUUAUUACAAACCUAUCAUUGAAUGUUGUGGAGGCACUGAGCUUGCUUCUUCUUACAUUCAAGGCAAUCUUCUUCAGCCACAAGCUUUUGGAGCUUUUAGCUCUGCUUCAAUGACAACUGGCUUUCUCAUUCUUGAUGAGCAUGGAGUUCCCUAUGCAGAUGAAGAACCAUGUGUUGGUGAAGUUGGGUUGUUUUCUCUGUAUAUGGGAGCAACAGAUAGACUACUUAAUGCAGAUAAUGAAGAGAUUUACUUCAAAGGAAUGCCAAUUUACAAUGGAAUGAAACUAAGGAGACAUGGAGACAUAAUCAAGAGAACAAUUGGAGGCUAUUUUGUUGUACAAGGGAGGGCUGAUGAUACCAUGAAUCUUGGUGGCAUAAAGACAAGUUCAAUUGAAAUCGAGCGUGUUUGUGACAAUGCUGAUGUCAGCAUCAUGGAAACAGCCGCAGUCAGUGCGUCACCCGCAAUUGGUGGUCCAGAACUUUUGGCUGUAUUUGUGGUACUAAAAAAAGGGUUCACUGCUGAACCCGAGAAUCUAAAGAUGAUAUUCUCAAAGGCUAUCCAAAGAAACCUUAAUCCCUUGUUUAAGGUGAGUUUUGUUAAGAUUGUUCCGGAGUUUCCUCGGACGGCAUCUAAUAAGUUACUAAGGAGAGUUUUAAGGGAUCAGUUGAAGGAGGAGCUUCGCACUCGGAGUAGAAUAUAAUCAUGUUGUGAAAUGUGAAAUCCAAAAUUACAAUAAUGGUCCUUGUGCUUGGUGAAAAGUUAUGGAUUCAGUCCAAUAAGUUUGUACUUUUGCAUUGACGAUUCUUAAAUAAGUGUAGUGCUAUAAACGAAGCGUAUGAAUACAAAUAAGAGAUUGUUGAUGUUCGUUUGUUUUAGUUUAACUGAAUAAAGGAACAAACAAAUUUUCUUGUUUGUGUUCAUUCGUUAGAAAGUUAUUUUGUUCACGUUCA